CUGUAGCGCUCAGAAAGUACUCACGUAAGCGCAGACAGUCAUCCUGUGUCAUCGGCCUGCCCCACCUUUCUUUCCAGCUUCGUUGUCGACCAUGGCGUCCACUUUCUUCACCUGGCUGCGGUCACCAGCAGCGCGAGAAUACUUUUUCAGCACUCAUUUUUGGGGCCCAGUCGCCAACUGGGGUCUUCCUAUCGCUGCUCUUUCCGACUUGUCCAAGGAUGAAGAAUUCAUUUCUGGCACAAUGACAACCACCCUUGCGUGUUAUUCUCUCGUCUUCAUGCGUUUCGCUUGGCGCGUCCAGCCGCGUAAUUACCUUCUCUUUGCCUGCCACACGACCAACGCCCUGGCGCAGAGCGUUCAAGAUGUCCGAUUCCUGAACUACUGGUACAACGGCGGACGGGAGAAGAAGCUAGGGCUGACGGCGGAGCCUAAAGGCAAGGUCACAGAGGCAGUCGAGGCAGCGAGAGAAGAGGCCAAGAAGGCUGGCCAGUAGCCUCGUUCUUUCCAGAUAUUCACCCAUAGA